AGGAGGAGGGGGAGGAGGAGGAGGAGGAGGGGGAGGGGAGGACCUCGGACCUUCGGAUGCGUAUUUAAUAAUCUGGGAUCAUCCAAGGUGCUUGUUGCUCCUGCUGGAAGAAGUGACAGCGUCGUACUUAACAGUGCGGACAGACGAGGGAGCAAACAGCGAUCAUGGAUGAGACGCAGAGCCCCGCGCUGCUGCCGCACAGAGGCUUCAAGCUGAUCGUCGGGAUCCACGACCCGGACGACGUGGACCAGAUCCGCGACCUGGAGAUCAGAGAGUCCGACGUGUUCGUGGUCACGUACCCCAAAUCAGGGACCAUCUGGAUGCAGCAGAUCCUGCUGCUGCUCGAGGCGAAGGGCGACGUGACGGCCAUCGGCCCCCCCGGCAAAUACAGCAACGCCGGCCUCAUCCCCUGGAUCGAGGUGAGCGGCAAGAGACAGGCGUUCAUCGAGGCCCCGUCGCCCAGACUGAGGGUCACCCACCUGCACCACCAGCUCAUGCCUGCUGCGCUGAGCGAGAGGGGAAAGGUGAUCUACGUGGCGAGGAAUCCCAAAGACGUCCUGGUGUCUUACUUCCACUUCCACAAGGUCGCAAACAUGCUGGAAACGCCGAAGGACUUCGAUGACUUCUUCGAGAAGUUCCUGAGAGGGGACGUGUUUGGCUGCAGCUGGUUUGAUCACGUCAAGACUUGGCACUCGCACAAGGACGACAUGGACAUGCUGUUCAUCACCUACGAGGAGAUGAUUCAAGACCUGCCGUCUGCCGUGGGGAGGAUCUGUGUGUUCCUGGGUAAAGAGCUGACCGAUGAGCAGCUCGCCAACGUGGUGAAACACAGCACCUUCGACAACAUGAAGGCCAUGCCGCCGGCCAACUACGAGAAUGUGUCGGGCGAACUGCUCAACCACCACCAGGGGAGGUUCAUGAGGAAAGGCACCGUCGGCGACUGGAAGAACCACUUCACCGUGGCCCAGAACGAGAGGUUCGACGAGGUCUUCGACAAAGAGAUGAAGGACUUUCCUCUGACUUUGAUCUGGGACAUCAGGGACAUGGCGUGAUCAGCUGUUGUCCUUGUUGUUCUCACGACAACACGAAGAAGACGACGAUCACAGUUGCAGUUCGUGAACUCUCCGCUGCUGUACAGAAAUAGCAUCUGCUUCUCCUAAUUCCUUCAUAUUAGCAUCAUUGUAUAUUUUAACCUCCGGUGCUACGUUUUUAAUUUUACUGCAGUUUUCCUUUCAAUAAAGUCAGCACUUUACUCACCAGAGUGUAGUUGUCCUGGAUAAUAACCCAAAAAUACCCGAUUGGUGUUCCCAUCCCUAAGGAUUAAGCACUUGACUUACCUGAGUGCAGCUGUGUUGACCACCAGAUGGAGCUAUACCUUUACGAUGCAUCAUACAUUUAUAUUAUGCAAUCAUGGUUGGGCUUAUGGGGAGGUGAGUGGGCCGGGUGGGGUUUUUGGGAACAUUGAACCUGGUUAAGGUUUGGGGAACAGACAUUGAACCUGGUAACGGUUUGGGGAACGUGGAACCUGGUUAGGGUUUGGGGAACGUUGAACCUGGUUAGGGUUUGGGGAACAGACAUUGAACCUGGUUAGGGUUUGGGGAACGUUGAACCUGGUUAGGGUUUGGGGAACAGACAUUGAACCUGGUUAGGGUUUGGGGAACAGACAUUGAACCUGGUUAGGGUUUGGGGAACGUUGAACCUGGUUAGGGUUUGGGGAACAGACAUUGAACCUGGUUAGGGUUUGGGGAACGUUGAACCUGAUUAGGGUUUGGGGAACACUGAACCUGGUUAGGGUUUGGGGAACAGACAUUGAACCUGGUUAGGGUUUGGGGAACAUUGAACCUGGUUAGGGUUUGGGGAACAUUGAACCUGGUUAGGGUUUGGGGAACAGACAUUGAACCUGGUUAGGGUUUGGGGAACAUUGAACCUGGUUAGGGUUUGGGGAACAGACAUUGAACCUGAUUAGGGUUUGGGGAACGUCGAACCUGGUUAGGAUUUGGGGAACAGAACGUUGAACCUGGUUAGGGUUUGGGGAACAGACAUUGAACCUGGUUAGGGUUUGGGGAACAGAACGUUGAACCUGGUUAGGGUUUGGGGAACAGAACGUUGAACCUGGUUAGGGUUUGGGGAACAGAACGUUGAACCUGGUUAGGGUUUGGGGAACAGAACGUUGAACCUGGUUAGGGUUUGGGGAACACUGAAUCUGCCUCCAUUGGGCACACUUGACCUUCCAGGUCAGCGUAGCGCAGCUUCUUACGAUUGAAGGCUUCUUCCACCGCCGCCGCCGCCGCCUCCUCCUCCCAAGGGACGCUCGGCUCUACGAGGAGAGCACGCCAAUAGGAAAUGGGGUGAGGUCGAAUUGUCCUUCCUAUCUAUUAUUCCUAUCUACUGUUCCUUGACCUCAGUGGAAAACGUCAUGAGGUCAAGGAAAGGUGUAAAGGAGGACUGAUAGGACUUGGGAAAAGCCGACAGCGCUGCUCAGAGAAUCCGACUCGACUUUCACUAAACCACAUCAUGCGACGGUGGAUGUUACUGAUGCGUCUGUCGUGGUGAAACUACACAUUUCUGAAGAUGAACAAAAAAAACCUCAGCAGCUCCAUCAGCAUGUUUCAGUGUUUUAACACUGUGUGACAUCAGAUGUAAAUGAUUCAUAUGUAACAGUAACUUCGAGACGGAGAUGUAAGACGGCGAUUCAUUCGAAAUGAAUAUACAUGCAUGGCACGUCACGUUAAAUAUCGCUGCCGCAAUGAAUUGUGGGAUGUCUAUAUCUCCUUACUCUCACAUAGGAAGCUCCAGUGUACCCUAUGCUAAAGGAGAUAGGAAAGGAAGCAUUGAAGCUCCUUUCCUAUGCAUUUAGAGAAUCCAAACAGCUUUUAUCAUGUUGCUGCUGAUCAAAUACUUCCGGGUCACCUCAAGAUUUAGGAAACUUCCUAAGUCAGUUUUCGACCUCACCCCUGGGCCAGUGAGGAGCAGGUCUGGAAUAUGAGUCUUGCCCUGGUCCAAGUCGGAACGCAUUUCCCAGUCCCAUGGUUGAAAUGUUUGUUUAUAAUCAAGGGAAAUUUUGAACAGUGAGUGGAUGAUUUUUUCUAAUAAAAGACAUCAAUUGCUUCUGAGCUGGCACUGAAAGUUGUGAUGAAUUAAGUUGGUGUGAUUAUCUCUUUCUCUAGUGGAUACAUGCAAAGUCUUUUUCCAUAAACCUUCACUCCUCCUUUCACAAACACAUUGGAUCAGCGUUUAUGUUUGCUGACAUCAAUGGUUUAAUAUAUUAAUAAUGUAUUCAUAAACAACACAGAAAACUUACAUUUAAACAAUAAUGUUAAUUUUCAUUAUUAAAGUUCAACACAUUUGGUUGGAUUUUUUAGUUUUCCUUUUAUUUAACAUCUUUGGAAUCAUUGUCAAUUGUUUUACUCCCUAAUAUCGGUAUCGGCAUCGACCCGUAAAAAUAUCUGCUGCUCUUUGUUAUUCAUUUUUAAAGAUUGAAAUCGUUGACUCUGGACUUCACAGCUGUGACCCCGACCAUAACUCUGCCAUCGAUAUUUCUUACUUUGUAACUCCCUUUGUACAUAUUUGUUCACAUGGUAUACUCAUGAUUAUGGAUCAAUAUUUUAUAUUUGAUAUUUUCACAUUAAACAUGUUCACCUGAUAAUGUUCAUGGGAUCGAUCUUACAAUGUGAAUGUGCAUAACGAUGACUAUGCAUAUGGAAUGAUCACGUUACCAGAUUUAUAAUAUAUAUUUUUUAAAUGUUAUACCGUGUCUCACUCAGUACUUAUGACUCUGUGUGAUAACAAUAAACAAUGAUGAACUGGGAA